CUCUCUCUCUCUCUCUUUUAGUUUUGAAGCUCAAAUCUAGGUACUUAAAAGCUAGUAGGCUACUUUUCUCGAGGAAAUGGCUCCCAUAUCAUGCCCUAAGAUGAGCUUGAAGCUUCUAAUCAACAAAAAGGACAAUAAAGUUGUCUUUGCUGAAGCUGAAUAUUAUUUCAUAGAUUUCCUAUUCAACCUCCUGACUUUGCCCAUUGGCACCAUCGUGAGUUUGCUCCCAAAAGAAAAUUGCCUAAGAAACCUGCAUGAAAGUAUCAACAAACUGGAAGAAGCUUACUUGCUGCCUAACCAAAGCAAUGACUCGUCCCUAAAACUGAAUACACCAGUCAAUGCUAUUCUUCCUUUCUUUGAUCCUCCUUUAUCAUGGAGUGAUAGACAUGUGAAGGACAACUUGGUUACGUACAUGGUGGCUAAUGACUUGUCGGUUACACCCAUGUCUAUGACAUCAACCAUGGCUCUGUUUAAAAAGUACAACAUAAGCGAAGUUGGUGUUCUUGAGGAAAAGGUGGUUGCCAUUGGCCUUGAAGAGGCUUUGCUCUUGUUGCAUUGUGCUUUGCAUUCCAAGGAAGCUCUCACUAAGGUCUUCCUUUAGAAAGAAGAAACAAAAACAAAAGAUGGAUAAGGGGAUGAUUUAGUUUUUUCUCCUCCCUUACAAUCUAUAAAUUUGGUUGUUUGAGAGCUAAACCAUUCGAGUAUGUAAACUCUCUUUGUUCUUGAAUUUGUAAAAAUCAUAAAGUUCUCAAUCUCUAAAUAAUGUUUGUGCUUAAUUGUCUUUAUAUAAUGUAAACUCUUUGUCCUUAUAAA